GCUAGUUAAUACAAUUUGAUCCUUUCAUUUCCAACAUGGUAUCAGAGCGGUUGGUUUAGCUCCACCCAAUCGGCUCAUUAUCUUCAAUUUCUCUCUUGCUUUCAUGGCGGAAACUCUGCACAUUCAUCAUUCUCUGAUUUCUCUCAAUCAAUCACGCGAAGCUUCUCUUUCUCUCUCUAGAAGAACCGCCAUGGCCGCCGGUGCUCUGCAACUGCAGAUUCUCCUCGUCUUACUCAUUCUCAUCUCGCUGUUCAUAUCUGGAGCUACGACAGACUCCGUUUCCCGUUCAGAUUCAUCGUUAUCUCCGGUGUUCGCACCGUCGCCGGAGCAGUACUCGUACGACGCUCAACUUUAUGCGCCUCCAGUCUUCGCAAACAUUCUGCAUGCUCUAGGUUUCGAGGAGCUGUCUGCUGCCGCCGCGAGCGCUAAUCUCUCAACCGGCGCUCCGAUCACCAUCUUCGCCCCGCAUGAUUCAUCGAUUCUCACAUGCCGCUCGUGCGUUCUGCGGCUGCUUCUACACGAGCACUCUGUUCUUGGACUCUAUCCGCUCGAAUUCCUUCGGAGGUUGGCGUCUGGUACUAAGAUCCAGACUCUCGCCGACAACCGAUGCCUCACCAACAUCAUCGGCACUUGCAGGGCUUACUGAUGGACUAUCUCCUGCAUCUGCCUCUGUAUUUCCCAGCGCCUAUCUGUCUAUUA